AUGUUCGACUCUGUUCUGCUUACUCUUGACUCUGUUUUGCUUUACUCUGUUCUGCCCCUGUUUACUCUUUACUCCGUUCUGCUCUGCUCUGCUUACUCUUUACUCCUCUCUGCUCUGCUUUGCUUACUUUUUACUCCUCUCUGCUCUGCUUACUCUUUACUCCUUUCAGCUCUGCUCUGCUUACUCUUUACUCCUAUCUGCCCUGCUAAUUCAGGAUUCUGCUCUGCUUACUCUUUACUCCUUUCUGCUCUGCUCUGCUUACUCUUUACUCCUAUCUGCCCUGCUUACUCAGGAUUCUGCUCUGCUUACUCUUUACUCCUAUCUGCCCUGCUUACUCAGGAUUCUGCUCUGCUUACUCUUUACUCCUAUCUGCCCUGCUUAUUCAGGAUUCUGCUCUGCUUACUCUUUACUCCUUUCCGCUCUGCUCUGCUUACUCUUUACUCCUAUCUGCCCUGCUUACUCAGGAUUCUGCUCUGCUUACUCUUUACUCCUUUCUGCCCUGCUUACUCUUUAUUCCUUUCUGUUCUGCUCUGCUUACUCUUUACUCCUAUCUGCUCUGCACUGCUUACUCUUUACUCCUAUCUGCAAUGCUUACUCAGGAUUCUGCUCUGGUUACUCUUUAUUCCGCUCUGCUCUGUUUUAUUCUCUAUUCUGCUCUGGUUACUCAGGAUUACUCUUCUUCAGCCCGAGUUACUCUUCUUUACUCUUCGCCGCUCUGCUGUGUUCUCUCCUCUGUUCUGGUUACUCAGGCUUACUCUUCUUCAGCCCGAGUUACUCUUCUUUACUCUUCGCCGCUCUGCUGUGCUCUCUCCUCUGUUCUGGUUACUCAGGAUUACUCUUCUUCAGCCCGAGUUACUCUUCUUUACUCCCGACCACGGUUCUUUACUCCUCGUUCUCACAGAUUACUCUUAGCUUACUCUCUGGUAGUUCUGCCUAGAGUAACAAGUACUCUAAGCUCACUGGUAGAUACUGUAAGGCCAAUGAGUAAACGUGAUUUAGUCGUCUGUCAUCUGCUAAGGUUUUACUCCCGCUAUUCUUCUUUACUCCUAGCCACUGCCAUUUACUCCUCUGGUCCAGGUUACUCUCCGAACUCACAGAUUACUCUUGGCUUACUCUCUGGUAGUUCUGCUUAGAGUAACAAGUACUCUGAGCUCACUGGUAGAUACCGUAAGGCCAAGGAGUAAACGUGAGAUUAGAUUUGAACUACACGUGGACCGGAAGUCAUCCAAGAUGGCGGAAUUACACGUGGACCGGAAGUCAUCCAAGAUGGCGGAAUUACAAAGGAUUGUGGGAACUGUAUGAUGCAACCGCCAACAUCAACGCUGAAUUACAAAGAAUCAAGUUAAAACCUUUCAAUUCUAUCACAAAAAGGAAUUAUAAAACUAGAUUAACACUCACAAACUCUGAUAAAC